AUGGAUGAGACGAUCGUUCUCUGCCUUCUCUCUCUCCUUCUUUCCCUCGUUCCCCCGACUUCGGGGCAGAUCCCGUGCCCCGAUCCCGAGGACAUUUCCCCUUGCACAUGCUCCUACGACGAAGAAAACGGUCAAGUCAGCGCCGACUGUUCCUUGGCGAAUGUGAGCGAAAUCUACUCUGCAUUCAAUGACGUCGUCUGGGAAUUCAAUACAUGGGGUAACGUUGCAAUAACUGAGCUCUCGGGGGGCAUCUUCGGCAACGUUUCCUUCCAGCACGUCUUCAUCAUGUACUCUGAGAACUUGGUCACCAUUGAUCCUUCGUUCCUGCUCGCAAUGAAGGAUACACUUGUAACGGUUUCGUUCACGUCGGGCCGCCUGGAGGACUUUCCCUGGGACGUCGUGCCGCAGUUGGUCGUAAUCGAGCAAAUCAGUCUCGACGGCAACGCCGUGACGACGGUGCCGGAGCUGCAGAGCUCCACGCUUCAGUCUCUCUGGCUUAGGGAUAAUCGCAUUACCACUCUUCAGGAGAAAUGGAUUCUGCCUAUUUUCUCUUCUCUGGCCUUGGGUGGAAAUCCCUUCUCAGAAUUUUCUUCUGGAUUUUUUGCUGACUUCGGACAAUUUGGGUCUUUCUACUGCCAAGAGUGCAACUUCGGACCGACUCUUAAUUCCGGGAAGCUAGAAUUUAAUACCCGGCAAUUGUGGGAGCUGCAUCUUGAGGGAAACCAUAUCACGACCAUCGAAGCUGGAGCCAUCUCGGGCUACACCGCUGAAACGAAAUUAAAUCUGGACGAAAAUUCGAUCACUGAGGUGAAGGAGGAGGUCUUCCGUCCGAUCCUGGAAGUCCUUUCAUCGGGGGACGGUAUCGUGUCUCUUUUGGAUAAUCCGAUCCAGUGCGUUUGCAGUAUGGCGUGGCUGGUACUAAAUCAAACACUCCUUGAGCAUGUCGUCGGAAACUGCGAGAAUGGUCCUUCCUUUCAAGAAUUGGAUCCGUUUCACUUCGAGGAAUCCUGCAUGAAGAUGAAUCCUCCGAUGCCGGGUGGUCAUUCCACCUGGGUGUCAUCCCACCUGGGUGUCAUCCCAUUCCCACGCCGAGGGAGGCCUGCGGUCGAUCGCGAGUAAAUGAUUGGCCACGUCCGACUCGCGUCGUUCGGGAAGUGCAUUUCGUGUCGUUUUUACGGAUCGUUCGUAGGGGCAACCGCUGUGACAAUAGGGUGAGUCUUCAG